UACACAUGUAGGCUUGCAAUGAUGUGUGACUUUCUGCAUGAUAUGCAGUGAUGAAACGGGAUGCCGCUUCCCUUUAACACAUACCUGCUCAGCUUUAUAUCAAAAAGACUGGUUGUGGGAACAAACCUACGGACUUCAAAGAUACUUCGCGUGGGGCCCUUUCUACACUGCCACUGCUGUAUGGCACCAAGCGGUUGUUUGGUGUGACGGCUGUUUUUUUAAACAAGCAUUUGUUUUUGACAAGCGAAGAACCCUUGGCAUAUUUCCAAAAGAGCUCCAAAUGUUAAAUGCUGCUACUCAAUCUUGGCAUGCCAAGUCUUGAUAUCCGCAGAAACACCGCACAACAUGACAUAUAUGAUUGCAGACAAGUAGAUAUUCUUUUCGUUCCUUGAACAACCAAACAACAGCUAGUUUCUCAAUUCAAUAUCCAUAAUACUGCUUCCUAGCCUUGUUAUUCUAACAAUAUGGACGGUGUCUCACAUUUCACUUUUAUCGAUGCCCCUGGAUCCGCAGAUGCAACUAAUGUUGCCACCGGCCAUGCGAGUAAAGUUGUCGAGAUUGCAAGCAGCCAUAUUCUUUACACUCUCACCAUCAGCAAUGCUGGGCUCAGCGUCUACUCGUGGAUAGCUCGCCGGACUGACCCAACAGUCACUGGCACUGUAGUAGGUACAUCGAUGGGUCUUGCGGUUAUGAAGGGUUUGGACGAACUGCUACUGCAAGAAAGUCCGGCUAUAUUCGCGGUGCAUGGAAAUUUGUUGACUUCACAGGCAAUGAAUAUUGCUGGUGUGUCAGCCUGAUGGGCUCCACCUGGAAGUUACUAGACUCGAACCACGAUAAAGUUGCUAUGUUCUGCUGCAUACCUACCAAGCAUCGCCCUAUCGUUGGCCAUUUGUCAAUGAA